CACCAUUAAAGAUUGCAUCCGUAACUGGAGGCGUGGAGUCAAAAUGAGAGGUGACGAAGGCCACCCAUCGACAUUCAUGUCUCCUCUGGACUUUUAAGAUGACACUGUUGGUCUACGGUCUUACGUGGAUGUGCAUUUGCUCUGGUAUUUUUGCAUCGCAAAGUCGUCCGACAAACACAUGGGCGGUUCAACUGCAUGAUGGAGAGAAGGGGGCCAAAGCUUUGGCAGAGAGUAUGGACAUAGUUUAUGUCAAACAUAUUUUUGAAGAUUACUACCUCUUCAGAGAAAGACAUGACAAAAGAAUGACUGUAGACAUAAGAAGAGCACUCGUCAACGCUGAAUCAAAGGUGGAAUGGUUCCAACAACAAAUUCCUCGUGAAAGACAUCUUUACUCUCUUGAAGAAAAUGCCAACCAGACCUAUAUUGUACCACACUUUAACGACGAACAUUGGCAGAACAACCUACAGACUUACUUGUACUGCGGAGACGUUCAUAUGAACGUGCUGCCGGCAUGGAAUAGAGGCCACCAUGGUCAAGGAGUUGUAGUCGGUGUGGUGGAUGACGGCGUGUUCUCGGAGAACCCUGAUCUCGGGCCGAACAUUGCCGAAGGUUUAUCCUACAGCAUAAUCGGAGAUUCGUCGGACCCAACACCGUCAGAUGCCGUCUUCAGUCAUGGCACCAGAUGCGCAGGAAUAAUUGCAGCAAAAGCAAACAACGGGUUUUGUGGCGUCGGAGUUGCACCUAAAGCCAAAAUAGCAGGAAUACAGCUAUUUGCCAGUGCCGUAGCUGACCUUACUGACGCUGAUGAAGCGAUGGCCUUAAGUCACAAUUCCAACAAUAUCAGCAUCUACUCGUGCAGCUUUGGUCCAUCCGACUACACCAAUGCGUUAGGGGGCCCUGGACCUAUUACACUUGCAGCGAUGAAGAGAUCGGCUGAAAUAGGCCGAGGUGAGAAAGGAUCAAUCUACGUGUUCUCUGCUGGUAACGGCGGGCCGUACGGCGACAGCUGUGCCUACAACGGUUACAUCAACAACAUCUACACAAUCGGCAUCAGCGCAGUGCUGAAGGACGGGAGUCUUGCUAACUACGAUGAAGCGUGCACCAGCAUAUUUGGGGUCACCUACAGCAGGGAAUAUGGCGAGAAGAACGCAACUUUGGUGGUGCCUAUCGGUCCUGAUUCCUGUAGCACAAAAUUCUCUGGGACCUCCGCGGCUGUUGCAAUAGGGUCUGGCGUCAUAUCACUAGUUCUAAGUGCAAACAACGCACUAUCAGCACGUGAUGUCCAGCACAUGAUUGCGAGAACUUCAAACAGCAACGGUAUUUGUAGGCAAACAUGGAAAACAAACGCUGCAGGGUUUAGGGUGAGCGACUACUGUGGAUUCGGACUGCUUGACGCCGGCAAGCUGACCUCAUUAGCUGCUACCUGGAGGUCCGUUUCAGAGCAAGUUGUUUGUACUUAUAAACAGCUUGAAGACAGGCUGAUUCAAAGCGAUGAGCAGAUCAAGGCAAAUGUCACCGUACUUCCCCAAAGCUGUCUGAACCGAACUAUUCAGCAUCUGGAACACGUUCUGUUGACCGUGAACAUCACAUUCCCUCACCGCGGCCACCUGAGGAUCGUGAUAACAUCCCCUCAAAACACCACGUCCGUCAUCGUUCCCGGUAGGCCUACAGACGAGGAGCCGGACCUGGCCUGGACCUUCAUGACCAUCCACCACUGGGGAGAGAGGGCGGAGGGAACAUGGCUUCUGCAUGUAGAAAACACCCAUCCUCAACUCAACAGUACAGGUGUCCUGCAUGACUGGGAGGUGUCCUUUCACGGGACAAUAGACGCCGAAGUACAAGACGGGGAUACAGACAGCAGCACUGUUCCACCUUGUGGGUUUGUACCAGUCGGAGACAGCAACGUCAUUAGACAUUCAACAACCCUGACCUUGAUCACCCUCGCGCUGGUUAUGAUGCUCUGCACCCAGUAAUCUCAGCAUGUCUCAUGAACAUGCGCGACAUCCUUGGAACUGUCUAAUGACUUUUGAUGCAUAAGUUACGAUAAAAGAAAUGCAAUCGUUUGCCAUGUAAUGCUGAGAACGUUAAACUAUUAGAACUUGUAAUCAUCCUUAAAUCAAAUGAACAUGGCCAUUUUAUUUCCAAACUUUUCUAAUACACUGUAUACGUACGCUUAUGAGUAAUACGUUAUGACAUUUAAUUAACUGUACAGGACCAUGCAACUUCACCAUUUAUCCAAGUCCUAAAUUGCACACGUAAUAUGUUGCACACAUGCGCUUAAGAAUGAUAUUUCGUGACAGUAGAUUAGGUUUUCUUCAAAACCCGAUGGAAGAACAUUACAUAACAAUUUGUGACCCUUUUGUUGUUACCCUUCAAAUGUAAACGUUUGUCAGUUUUGAUUACAUAAUCAGCUGAAAGUUAUCACUCUACAUAAUCUUACACUUUUAUCAUAACACAGGAAAGUGUUAGUAAUUUUAAGAUAACAGCGCAGACAUUAGGUGGUAAAAAUAUCCAAGCAAAUAACGCAUGGCAAGAAUUUCUAAGUUGGAAUGUCUUGUUAGUGGAGUGGGUAUGUGUCCAUAUAUGUAAAUAGAACGGAAAAAAGUGUUGCUGUGUAUAUUUGUUGUUCUGUUUGUAGGGGGAUAUGGCCAUGCACCAUCAAGUGACACACCACACUAUUAGACCGGACUGCUCAUUUGUUCUCUACAAGUGGGUCUGUUUUAUAUUUGUUAUCAGAAGUUCUAUUUUCACCUGAAAUACAUCCCCCGUGGGUCGACGGAUCAUCAUAAUCCAAAGGAUGAACACUAAAUCCCCUUUUGGCGCCAUGUCAGUCCAUAAAAACAACAACGUACUGUAAUAUUUCGCACCCAUCUCUGCGUGAAUCAAAAGCGCCGCCUGUCCCAACACUACAUUGCUGCACCAAGUGUUGCUUGGGGUUGGCUUCGGAGUUGGUUACUUGUUUUUGGCGAAGCCUCAUAGGCGGAGCCGCUGUUAGAAUAUUGCGAUUGAAGUUCAAAAAUUCUAAUUAUUCAACGAAAGUAUUCCUUUUGGAAUUUUUUUUUGUUUUGUGCAACACCUUUUAGACAGGACAUUCAUUGCAUAUAAUAGGGAGGUAGUUUUAAUUAAGUGCUUUGGUAUCUUGAAUACUAAGUAAGCGUAUAAUGACUUUUUCAUGUAGUAAGUACUCACGACACGUGAACAUACGAUUCUAGCCCCCAAUGGCUACGUACAACAAUCCAUGGUAAUUCCCAAACUGUACAAAAGAUGUCAGCUGUCUUAAGUGGAGGUACUAGGUGGACUUAAACUGUUAUUUAGCUAAAUUCCUUGUACUUUUUAAGAUAUCUUAACUCUUAAGAAGGACUGGUCACUUUUCCCCUCACCUCUUAGAGAAGUAUUCAGGUCAAGAGCAGGCGUCAUGAUGGCAGCCGUUAGGAAUGUAACCUCUUAAAAAAUGGCUAAGAAAGUGACUCACCAUGACGGAGAUACAAGAACGCUGUAAGAAAUAUGUACGUAGGCGGGUAGGAAACGUAUAAAUAAGGAAAUGGAACCAAUAUACUCCGUUGUGCUUUAGAAAGGAAGAGUGAGAAUACAGACAUCUUUUAUGUA